AUGGACUCCUCCGCGGUGGCGGUGGCGGCGCCGCUGCUGGAGGCCGGCGGCAAGGAGAUGCGGCACCUGGGCCGCACCGCGCACAACAUGUCCUCCUCCUCGCUCCGCAAGAAGUCCGACACCUCGCUCGUCCGCAAGGUGCCCUGCGCCGCGCUCCGCGGCUUCCUCUCCACCCUCCAGGAGGUGCUCUUCGGCACCAAGCUCUUCGUCCUCUUCCCCGCCGUCCUCCUCGCCGUCGUCGCCAGAUACAUGCGCUUCGGCCAGGUGUGGCUCUUCGUGCUUAGCUUAAUCGGGCUAAUUCCUCUUGCGGAGCGACUCAGUUUCCUGACGGAACAGAUCGCUUUCUACACCGGUCCCACUGUCGGUGGACUGUUGAAUGCGACAUUCGGCAACGUCACCGAGGUUAUCAUCGCGCUAUUCGCCCUGAGGGAGGGCAAGAUAACGGUGGUGAAAUGCUCCCUGCUCGGCUCCAUCUUGUCCAACUUGCUGCUUGUCCUCGGCACCUCCCUCUUUUUUGGUGGGCUUGCCAACCUCGGUGUCGAGCAGCCAUAUGACAGAAAGCAAGCAGAUGUCAGCACAGGGCUUCUGAUUCUUGGUGUGCUAUGCCAAUCGAUGCCGCUGAUGCUGAGGUAUGCAGUAAGCGCUGGUGAGCAUGCAGUAAACUCCGACGAUUCAGGAUUGGUGCUAUCCCGGGCGUGCAGCGUUCUCAUGAUCCUGGCCUAUGGAGCCUACCUUUACUUCCAGCUGAAGACGCAUCGCCAGCUCUUUGAGCCACAGGAGGUUGAAGAUGAUGGUGAUGAUUUGGUGUCUGAAGAUGAGGCGGUACUGGGAUUUACAAGUGCGAUGGUUUGGCUAGCGGUCAUGACUGUGAUAACCGCCUUACUGUCGGAGUAUGUCGUGAGCACAAUUGAGGCGGCCUCAAAAUCCUGGGAACUAUCAGUGAGCUUCAUUAGCAUCAUCUUGAUUCCGAUUGUUGGGAAUGCAGCAGAGCAUGCUGGGGCAAUAAUAUUUGCUUUUAAGAACAAGCUGGACAUCACCCUCGGAGUAUCUCUGGGGUCAGCUACGCAGAUUUCCAUGUUUGUGGUGCCACUGAGUGUCCUUGUGGCUUGGGUCAUGGGGGUUCCAAUGGAUCUUGAUUUCAACCUGCUAGAGACCGGUUCUUUGUUCCUGGCAAUAUUAGUGACAAGCUUCACCCUCCAGGACGGAUCGUCGCAUUAUCUGAAGGGACUGCUUCUCCUCCUUUGCUACGCCGUGAUCGGCGUGUGCUUUUUUGUCCUGAGACGACGUUCAGGUAGGGGUUGUACACUCCCUCCCAUUUUCUCUGACGGAAGCAACUAA